AUGCGUGCAGUGCGCGCGACGUUCCUAUGCCUGUCGCUCAACUUCACUCUUUGCAGCAUCUUCAACGGCCGCCACUACACGGGCCGUGGCUCCCUGCCCAUCGGCGGAUCAGAUGUCGCCACGUCAGCAGAUACGAGAUCAGCCGGCGUUUGGGCGUCGUCAGAUGCGUCGGGGUUUGUGCUGCUGGACUCGCGGCAGAUCUGCACCCACGACCAGUGGUCGCGCGCCACGCAAGGCCUCAUCCCCUCCUUACAAGCACUUACCUGGAGCAGCGCGCUGUGCGACGAGGAGCUGAGCCUGCUCGCCUCGCUGCCCCCUCGCCCCGCCGCGCUGCACCUUGCCUCGCUGCCGCGCACCCCCCCCGCCCCUGCCACGUGCCUGCGCCCCUUUGUGCGCAAAGGUGGGUCACAAAGGGUGCAUGGGGUUGGAGUGUGCAUGGGGUUGGAGUGUGCAUGGGGUUGGAGUGUGCAUGGGGUUGGAGUGUGCAUGGGGUUGGAGGGUGCAUGGGGUUGGAGUGUGCAUGGGGUUGGAGUGUGCAUGGGGUUGGAGUGUGCAUGGGGUUGGAGGGUGCAUGGGGUUGGAGUGUGCAUGGGGUUGGAGUGUGCAUGGGGUUGGAGUGUGCAUGGGGUUGGAGGGUGCAUGGGGUUGGAGUGUGCAUGGGGUUGGAGUGUGCAUGGGGUUGGAGUGUGCAUGGGGUUGGAGUGUGCAUGGGGUUGGAGUGUGCAUGGGGUUGGAGUGUGCAUGGGGUUGGAGGGUGCAUGGGGUUGGAGUGUGCAUGGGGUUGGAGUGUGCAUGGGGUUGGAGUGUGCAUGGGGUUGGAGUGUGCAUGGGGUUGGAGUGUGCAUGGGGUUGGAGUGUGCAUGGGGUUGGAGUGUGCAUGGGGUUGGAGUGUGCAUGGGGUUGGAGGGUGCAUGGGGUUGGAGUGUGCAUGGGGUUGGAGUGUGCAUGGGGUUGGAGUGUGCAUGGGGUUGGAGUGUGCAUGGGGUUGGAGUGUGCAUGGGGGUGUGUGUGUGCAACGGCUAUGGGAGAAGCACCAAGCUCUACUCUCUCUCUCACGCGCCCUCCCCCGCUGCUGCCUCCACCACCACUUCGCCCCCCGCCCCCCCUCGCUGCCACGCCGCCUCCUCGCGGCACGCGGGGCGCCUGGGCGGGCUCGACCUCUGCGUGCUGCUGCACCCCUCGCCGCCCCCGCUGCCCCUCUUCCGACCCCUCUGCCCCUCCCCCGCCUCCUGCUCCCCCAGCUGCCCCGCUCCAGGCACGGAGCGGGCAUGCAAAAAAGAGGAGUGCCAGGGGGAUUGUGGUGAAAAGAGUGUGAGGCGAGUGAAGGGGAGGAAGGAAGAGCAGAGUGGAGGGAGUGAUGGUUGUGGGCAUGACGGGGAGAGUGGGUCAGGGCGGGAUGGUGAGAGUGGACGGUCGGGUUCUGGGAGGACUGCAGGCGGGGGGAGGGGCGAGGGCGCAGCAUGGAGAGGAAAGGCACCUGGCGAGCACCCGGGUGCAGAAGCGGAGGCUGGUGGUAGCAGUGAGGGUGGGGGAGGAAAGAAGGGGAAAGGAGGAGGGAGAGGGGGGGGAGGCUGU